AUGAAAGAUGAUAUAAAAUUAAAUGGAAAUAUUUAUAUAAAUGAGGAACAAAAAGAUGAUAUGAACAUUCUAAGUAUAUUAAAUACAGAAGAAAAAGGAAAUGAAUUAAGUAAGAUAGAAGAAAAGGGAGAAAAUGAAAAUAUUUUAAGUGUUAAUAAUAUUAAAAAAAGUAGUAAAAGAAUAAUAAUUGAAAAAUUAGUAUUAGAAAAUUUUAAAAGCUAUUCAGGUAUAAAAGUAAUUGGUCCAUUUUAUAAAAAGUUUAGUUGUAUAGUUGGACCGAAUGGUAGUGGUAAAAGUAACAUAAUUGAUGCUAUGCUUUUUGUAUUUGGUAGAAGAGCAAAAAAAAUAAGACAAAAUAAAUUAAGUGAUCUUAUACAUAAUUCAAAAUAUUCAAUGAAUAAUAAUUAUACAAAAGUAUCAAUUUAUUUUAAAACUAUUGAUGAAAAUGACGAUGAUUGUGAAAAGGAAGUAGAAUAUGAUAACACUUAUGAUAAUGAAAAAAACUUUGAUAAUUUCAUUAUUAGUAGGGAAGCUACUAUCGAUAAUCAAUCGAAAUAUAGAAUAAAUGACAAAGUAGUUAAUCAAAAAGAAGUUGUUGAUUUGUUAUAUAAAAAAGGAAUUGAUUUAAAUAAUAAUAGAUUCCUAAUUUUACAAGGAGAAGUAGAACAAAUUGCUCAAAUGAAUCCAAAAGGAAAUAAAAAUGAAGAAGGAUUAUUAGAAUAUUUAGAAGAUAUUAUUGGAACAAAUAUAUAUAUUGAAAAAAUUAAUGAAAAUUUUGAAAAAUUAGAAAAAAGUGAAGAAAAUUAUCAUGAAAAAGUUAAUAGACUUAAACAUGUAUACAACGAAUUAAAAGAAUUAUCAGCACCAAAAAAAGAAGCAAAAUAUUUUAUUUCUUUGCAGAAAUAUACUUACAAACUAUAUAUUAUUAUUUAUAAAAAAGAUCAAUAUGAAUCAUCUAAAGUUAUAGAAAAUAAAGAAAAAGAGCUUCAAAGUUAUAUUGAAAAAAGAGAUAAUCAUAAUGAAGAAUAUAAGAAUUUAUUAGAAGAUAGAAAAAAUAUGAAUAUUACCUUAAGUAAUUUAGAAAAUGAAGAAGAAGACAUUAUGAGAAAAAAAAAUAAAGCGGAUAAUGAAUUUAAAAAACUAACAACUGAAGAUGAAAAUAUAAAAAAAGAAUUAUUAGUUAUUGUAGAAAAAAUGCAAAAUUUAUACGUGAAAAGAGAAGAAUUAAAAGAAAAAAAAAUUCCGUUAUAUAAAAAAAUUAUAGAAGAAAAACAAAAAGUAUUGAGUGAAAUAAAAAAAAAUAAAUUGCCAACAUUGGAAAAGGAAUUAGAAAUAUGUGAAGAAGAAUUAGAAAAAUAUAAUGAAGAAAUAAAACAUGAAACAGAUCAGAUUAAUACAAUAUAUUCUAAUGAAGAAAAAAAAUUAGCUCCUUUACAAAAUAGUUAUGAUAUUUUAAUAAAAAGCAUUUCAGAAUGCACUAAUAAAUGUAAUAUCAUUGAAAAAAAACAGAAGGAAUACUUAACUCAUAUUGAAAAUUUAAAAUAUCUUCAAAGUAAAAUAUUAAAUGAAUUAAAAGAAAAGGAUAUACAGUCAAAACAUAUGAUAAAAUUAGAUGAAGAAAAAAAAAAAGUAUUAAAGGAAAAGCAGAAUGAUUUAGAUCUAUUAGAAAAAAAUAUAGAGAAAUUAAAUGACAAGUUAAUACAAGAAAAUGUAAAAUAUGAAACUAUAAAAAAAGAAGUAAUCACAGAUAAAACUAAAAACAAAUUACAUGAAUUUAUAUAUAAUUUAAAAAAAACGAAAAUUAAAGGAAUUCAUGGAAUGUUAGGGGAUUUAGGAUAUAUUGAUAAAAAAUAUGAAAAAGCUUUUAUUAUAGCAGGAAAUAAUUGCUCUGAUUUGAUUGUUGUAGAAAAUCCAAAUGAUGCCGUUUUAUUAUUUGAAGAAGUUAGAAAAGAAAAUUUAGGAAGAGUAAAUGUGUUAUCUUUAUCAAUCUUAGAAAAAAAUUUAUUGAACGUAAUGAUAAAAAAUGAGGAAAAUUAUAAACCUAUUCUACCAAAUGUGCAUAGAUUAAUUGAUUUUAUUAAAUUUAAAAAUGAGAAAUAUAAAAUUUGCUUUUAUUACGCUUUAAAAGAAACACUAUUAGCAAAUAAUCUAGAUGAAGCUCAUGUAAUUGGUUAUUCUCAUAAAAAAAGAGUGGUGACAUUAAAUGGAGAAUUAAUAGAAAAUGAUGGUAGGAUAUGUGGAGGAGGAAUAGAUAAACAUUUAAAAGGAAAUGUUAGUAGUAUUAAAACUAGUGAAUAUGAUGAAACCGAUUUAUUAAAUUCAGAGAAAAUUAUUAAGGAAUUAAAUAAAAAUAUUGAUGAAAAAAAAAAAAACAAAAAUUCUUUAUUAAGUGAUAUUAAAGAUUUAAAUACUUUCAUUGAAGAUAAUGAAUGUAAAAUUGAAAUAGCAAAAAAAAGAAUAGAUAAUUAUAAAAAACAGCUAAAAGAUAUCGAUGAUCAAUUACAAAAUUCGGAAACCCCUAAAUUAACUGAAGAGGAAGAAAAAGAAUUAAAAUCAUUAAAAGAAUUAAUAGAAGAAAAAAAUAACGAAAAAAGUAAAAUAGAAAUUAUUCUCAAAGCUCAAGAAAAUAAAGUAAAAAAGUAUUAUGAAGAGUUACAAAAUGUUGGAGGAGAAAAAAAAAAACAGUUAAAAAGUAAAUAUAUAAAUGCUGAAAGACAAUUAAAUAUAUUAAAAGAUGAAAUAGAAAAACAUAAUAACGAAGAGGUAAAUGCUUUAGCCAAUUUAGAAAAGAGUGAUAAAGAUAUUUUAAAAUUCACUGAGGAAAUUGAAGAAUAUGAAGCCAAUGAAAAAGAAUUAGAGAAUGAAUUAAAAAGUAUUGAAACGAAAGGAUGUGAAGUGUACGAAGAAAUUGAAAAGUUAACGAAUAUUUUAAAUGAACUGCAAACAAAAAUUGAAGAAAAUCAAAAAAAAAAACAGCAAAUAGAUGAAAGUAUAUCUAAAAAGGAUUUAGAAAACGUUGAUAUUGUAUAUAAAAUUGAGCAUAUUGAAAAGGAAAUGGAACAAUUUAAGGCAAAAAAUAAACAUUAUGAAUUGAAAAUAAAUGAAUAUUUGGAAUUAAUUAAGGAAUCAGAUAAGAUUAUACAAGAAAAUUUAAUAUGUGAUAUAAAAGGAAAUGAGUUAUUAAGCAAAAAAAAAAAAAAAAAUGAAGAAAAAGGUGAGAACAAAGAGGAAACUGAAGAAAAUGAAGACGAAAAAAAUAAGGAAGAUGGAAAAGAUGAAAAGGAAGAGGAUGAGGAUGAGGAUGAGGAAGAAGAGGAAGAUGAAGAGGAAGAUGAAGAGGAAGAUGAAGAAGAGGAAGAUGAAGAAGAAGAAGAUGAAGAAGAAGAAGAUGAAGAUGAUGAAGAAGAGGAAGAGGAAGAUGAAAAGAAAGACCAAGAAGAAGACGAAAAGGAAGAAAAAAGGAAAGAUAGAGAAGAAGAAAAUAAAGAAGAGGAUCAUAAUAUUAAAUGUGAUAGGAAUGAAAAUAAUGAAGAAGAUAACAAAAUGCUAUGUAAUAUUAAUGACGAAUAUAACAAAAAAAGAAAAUUAAACGAUAAUAAUAAUUCAAAAUGUUCGAGAAAAAAAAAAAAAAAAAAAAAAAAAUUAAAAGGUGAUGAUGAAUUAAAAGAAUUAGAGGAUAUUUUUUGUGAUAACAAAGAAUUUAAUGAAAUAGAAAAUGAAUAUGAUAAUAUUAAUUUAAGUAAUGAAGAAUUAGAAUCAUUAAAUAAAAAAGAUAUAGAAUCAAAACUUGAAAAUAAAUUAUGUAUACUAGAAAAGAAAGCACCCAACUUAAAAAUUUUUCAAGAUUAUAAUUUAAAACUAUAUGAGUACAAAAAAAGAAGAAAAGAUGUAAACAAGGCAAAAAAAGAAAAAGAUAAAAUUAAAAAAGUGUAUGAUAGUUUAUGUAAUAAAAGAAGAGAAGAAUUUCUAAAAGCAUUUAAUAUUAUUUCAGUUAAAUUAAAAGAAAUGUAUCAAAUGAUUGCAAUAGGUGGUGACGCUGAAUUAGAAAUAAUUGAUUCUUCAGAAAUUUUUAAUGAAGGAAUUUUAUUUUCAGUUAGACCCCCAAAAAAAAGUUGGAAACAUAUACAAAACUUAUCAGGAGGAGAAAAAACUUUAAGCUCAUUAGCAUUAGUUUUUGCUCUUCAUUAUUUUAAACCAAAUCCUAUUUAUUUUAUGGAUGAAAUUGAUGCAGCUCUUGACUUUAAAAAUGUCUCUAUUAUUUCUCAUUAUAUUAAAACAAAGACUAGCGAUGCUCAAUUUAUUGUAAUUUCUUUAAGAAAUCAAAUGUUUGAAUUAUGUGAUAGAAUGAUAGGAAUUUACAAAACAAAUGAUAUAACCAAAUGUAUAACUCUUAACCCAAAUAAAUUUCAAGAGGAAAAAAAAUAUUAA